UUGAAGUUGUACAACAUUAAUAGCAAGUUGCCCUUCAAUACAGUUGCAGACAUGAGACCUUACUCAGCCUUCUUGGUUCUCUUCCUCCUUGUUUCGUUCACUUUCGGGAUUGAUGCAAGAAGAUGUCCAGGAGAUUAUUGGAAGAGUGUCAUGAAUGAAGAACCGAUCCCUGAAGUACUUUCAGAUAUUUUGCACCAAGACACUACCUCAGAACCAUGUGAGAAGGAAACUGUGGACACAGACCGUUUGGCCAGAGAUUUUGACAUGAGGUCUAGUGUGAUAAUUUAUCACAGGGAUGCUGAUUCCAAAAGAGUGAAGACAUUUGAUGCUGAAGGUGUGAAAAUGAGGGAUAAUAUUGAUAGUGCACAAUCUGAGUCAAGACAAAAAGUUCUAAGAGCAGAAUAAUGCAUAAAGACUAGAUCAAGAAGAUUUUCUGCACUAGCCGUAGUUACUGUAUUUUAUAUUUAGAACAUAGAUAGUUUAAGAUCACUUUAGACCUAUGUUUAAGAUCAGUGUUGAUCUUGCUAUCUUUGGUGGUAUACACAGACAAAUCUAUCUACAGUUGUAUUUGCUCAUAUUUUUUCUUGUACUCGAUUAAGUGCCGAGAAUGGUCCUUGGGGAUGAUAUUGAUGUUCUCAAAGUGUCCUAUGGAUCAACACUUAUCAAUGUCAAGUCAUCAACCCACAGUAGGCUGUCUGGAUGUGAGUUUCUGGAAUUAAUAUGGAUUAAAGUGAUUCGUAUAAAAUAUAACUUUUAAAAGUGUUUUCACA